AUGGCCUUCGAAGGAGACACAGUCAAGAUCCUGCUAGUGGGUGACGAACAAUGCGGCAAGACGACAUUUUUAUCGCGGCUCAGCGCGGGGGAGAAUGUGAAUCCAAUCCCGCUACUGCGCGACAUUGACCAGCCCUUCAUUUUCAACGUCAACUUGUCUGCGCGAAAAUACCAACUAGAGUUCCAGGACACGUCGAGCCCGGAAAACUGGCGGCUGCUGGAUCCGGACGUCGUGGUUAUAUGUUAUGACAUUAGCCAGCGGUUGAGUCUGCUCAACAUGAAGCGCUACUGGAUUGACGAAGUUAAGGGGGCUUUCCCUCGCAUCGACGGCGUGCCGAUUGUCGUUCUGGGCUUGAAGCGUGAUCUGCGGUCUGAGACGGACCCCAACGGCGUCAUCUACCCGCAAGAAGCCUAUCAGAUGGCGCAGAGCCUGCGAGCUGAUCGCUAUGUAGAGUGCUCGGCUUCGACGGGUGAACUGAUCAAGCUCGCAUUUGAAGAUAUAUGUGCAACGGCGGUCAAGACGACAACAGCCGAAGGAGGCCAGACCGAGGGUGGCUGUGUCAUAUUGUGA